AUGGCUCGUUACAAGACAACGGAAACGACCGAAUGUAAGGUUUAUGUUGGCGAUCUUCCGCGUGACGCCGAUGAGAAGGAGUUGCAGAAGUCUUUUUCGCAUUACGGCGCUCUGAAGAGCGUCUGGGUCGCUAGAAAUCCGCCCGGAUUCGCUUUUAUCCAAUUUGAAGAUCCCAGAGAUGCGCAAGAUGCCGUUCGAGGACUUGAUGGAAGCACUCUGUGUGGGGCCAGGGUUAGAGUAGAACAUGCAACAGGCAAAACGAAGCCAAAAAGUUUCAACCGAGGCAUGGAAACAUCCCCACCACCUCGAAGGCCCUAUAAUUCUGUUGUUGAUCGCUGCUAUAUCUGUGGCGACUUUGGUCAUGCGUCAUACGACUGUCCCAGAUCAUCUUCCGGUAGGGGUCCAGUUAGGGGAAGUCAUUACGCUGCUAUGAGUAGUAGAGAAGUUCCCAGACGUUAUGAUAAUGGUGUUGAUCGAAGGAGAAGGUAG